AUGACGACCCCGAAAUAUACCAACAAACUAGCCAACACGUCCGUGCUCAUCAUCGGCGGGACAAGCGGCCUAGGCUUCGGCCUCGCGGAAGCACUCGUCGAGCACCGCGUCUCGAACCUCUACAUCUCCUCGUCCCGCAAAGAGAGAGUCGACUCGGCCAUCUCGCGCCUCCGAUCCACCUACCCCGACUCCGAGCAGACCACCAAAAUCACCGGCCUCCCCUGCAACCUGGGCGACGAAUCCACCCUCGAAUCCAACGUUAAGACCCUCUUCAGCAGCAUCGACUCGAAGCUCGACCACGUGGUUUUCACUGCGGGAGACCCUCUCGCGGCGAAACCACUGGGCGAGAUCGACAUGCCGUUCAUGAAACAGGCGGGCAUGGUGCGGUUCUUCGCGCCCUUCUUCGUCGCUCAGCAAGCCGUUAGCUACUUGAACGCCGGCCCGGCAAGCAGCAUCACGUUCACGACGGGGUCGGUGUCCGAGAAGCCGAUCCCGAAUUGGAGCGUCGUGGCGUCGUACGCGAGCGCCAUGCACGGCAUGACGAGGGGGUUGGCGCUGGAUCUGAAGCCCGUGCGCGUCAACUUGAUCUCGCCUGGCGGGGUGGAUACCGAGUUGUGGGUCAAUUCGUUGGGUGAUAAAAAUAAAGCCCAGGCGGCCAUGGAAGGGAUGAAGGGGAAGGCUGCCACUGGCGAAAUUGGUCGUGUCGAGGACGUGGUGGAGAGUUACCUUUAUGUGUUGAAAGAUCGCAAUGUCACGGGGAGUGUGGUCAGGAGUGAUGGCGGGGUUUUCUUGAUGUGA